GAUCGGCGGCCGUGCCGCGGCGGUUGCGAUGGCCAUUGCUCCAUCCCCUUUCCCUCCUGCUCCCACCACUACCACUACUACUCCCGCAGGCGCGCGGAUUCUGUGUCAGACUGUCAGUGUGUAUGAUCACCAACCACGUUGCUUCGGCAGGGAGGCACUGAACCGCAAGCAACCCAGCCCGGGCAGGCCGCGUGCGCAGAGCCACGGCCACCGGGUAGUCGCCGGCGCGCUUACGCGUCGUGCGUCACGGCCUCGGCCGAUGAGUUACCGUGAAGGAACCCAACCGACGGUGGCAGAGCGGCGAGGUUGGUGGCGCUUUGCCAUCGCGGCCGGCGCCGCCGUUGGCUCACAAGCAAGCGAACGCCCUCCUGCCGAGCCCAUCGCCGCGCGCGCCUCCUUUCUUCGCGUUAAAGACCCGUGCGCGCGGCUCACCCAAUGCGCGCCAUAUACUAGUGUUGUGUGGCCGUGGUGCUCUUCUGCUCACCGCACGCCGCGCGACUGCGGAGCUAGCGAGCGAUGGAGCCCCGGUGUUCCGUGCUGGUCCUGGCCCUCGCCCUCGCCGCCACGCUCUCCAUCGCAGGCGGUGGUGACGAUCAACAACUUCCAGAUGUACCGGCAGAUCAUGGCGCCGGGGUGGACGGUGGGGUGGACGUGGGCGAAGAAGGAGGUGAUCUGGUCCAUGGUGGGCGCGCAGGCCACGGAGCAGGGCGACUGCUCCCGCUUCAAGGGCAACAUCCCGCACUGCUGCAAGCGCACCCCCGCCGUCGUCGACCUGCUCCCCGGCGUGCCCUACAACCAGCAGAUCGCCAACUGCUGCCGGGGCGGCGUCAUCAGCGCCUACGGCCAGGACCCCGGCGCCGCCGUCGCCUCGUUCCAGGUCAGCGUCGGCCAGGCCGGCACCACCAACCGCACCGUCAAGGUGCCCAAGAACUUCACGCUGCUCGGGCCCGGCCCCGGGUACACCUGCGGCCCCGCCAAGAUCGUCCCCUCCACCGUCUUCCUCACGCCCGACCGCCGCCGCAAGACCCAGGCUCUCAUGACGUGGAACGUGACGUGCACCUACUCGCAGCACCUGGCGUCCAAGUACCCGUCCUGCUGCGUCUCCUUCUCCUCCUUCUACAACGACACCAUCGUGCCCUGCGCCAAGUGCGCCUGCGGCUGCGAGCACAAGACCUGCGUCCAGGGCGACUCGAAGCGGCCGCUGGCGGUGACGGGGAAGCACGAGCACGCGCACGCGGCGGCGGCGCGCGGGCACCGGGACAAGGAGGCGCCGCUGCUGCAGUGCACGACGCACAUGUGCCCCGUGCGCGUGCACUGGCACGUCAAGCUCAACUACAAGGAGUACUGGCGCGCCAAGAUCGCCAUCACCAACUUCAACUACCGCAUGAACUACACGCAGUGGACGCUCGUCGCGCAGCACCCCAACCUCGACAACAUCACCGAAGUCUUCAGCUUCGACUACAAGCCCGUCGUCGCCUACGGAUCCAUCAAUGACACGGCGAUGUUCUACGGGCUCAAGUACUUCAACGACCACCUGAUGCAGGCGGGGCCGUACGGGAACGUGCAGUCGGAGGUGUUGAUGCGCAAGGACGCCAGCACCUUCACCUUCAGGCAGGGCUGGGCGUUCCCGCGCAAGGUCUACUUCAACGGCGACGAGUGCCAGAUGCCGCCGCCGGACGCCUACCCCUACCUGCCCAACGCCGCCCUGCCGGCCCCCGCGGCGUCGCUGGGCGCCGCAGUGGUGGCCGUCAUGGCGUUCCUGGUUCUGGUCAUGGUAUGAGACAUGAGAAAAACACAGGAGAGCGAUCGACCUAGCGCUAGAAUCGCCCGGCAUGGGGAGAAAAAGACUAAGAUUCUCCUCAAAAAAAGAAAAAGACGACGAUGUUUUGCUCUGUAGAUACAGUCGACGUUUUGGGUUUCAGGAUUGGUUUGGAAUUCCAAGUUUUUGUUUUCUUUCAUUAAGGGCACUAGGGCAGGAGCAUAAUUUUGAAAGAGAAAUCUGUGCAUCUCACGUCAGACAUAAGUCAUAUAGCUAACAGCUAUGCUGGUGCUUGAAUGUGAUGAGAUUGCUGAUAAUCUAUGGCAUCCGCACUCUUUUUAAGUUCACUAUAACUUUUAGUACAAAAUUUUGCAUGAUGCCGGUGGAAACA